UGUGUCCCUAACAUCGUCGGACUUGUCACAUUGUGGUCGCAUGCUCGUAGCUUAGAAACAAAAGUCUUAUCACGUUAACAUUUUCUCGGUUUUUUUUUCGCCACUUGAAGGCAUUUUCACUAGGGUGGGUCUGCUUUCAUGUUGCAUUGUCCUUUUCAUUUGUCCGCUUUAGUCACGCUGCCACCACCUACCUGCAAUUGAAGUCAUCUCAAGGCGGUGGCCGUGCAGGAGAGCGGAGCUGAGAUAAAGGAGAUUUUUUUGAAUAUCUAUAUUUUGGCCUCCUGUACAGCUGCAACACCGUCUGCAAGGCAUGUCGACCACCGGGGAAGUGGCAGCAAGCGGCUUUUUUAAGAACAUGGGCUCCGACAGCCCCGCCAGACCGAGGCAGCAGUUCUGUGGCAUGUUCUGCCCGGUGGAAGGCUCCUUAGACAGCAAGACUUUGGACUUCGAUGCGCUGUCUGCGUGCAGAGGAAAGCGAGACAGUCGAGUCAUUGACCGGCAGAGCGACAUUUCCCAGCCCAAGAAGGUGGAGAUCAGGGAGAGCACUGGCAAGGAGGCUUUGCAGAAUCUGGAUGAUGGAAAGAGUGACCGUCUCCUGAUCAAAGGAGCGAAGAUCGUCAACGAUGACCAGUCCUUCUGCGCUGACAUUUACAUGGAGGAUGGCGUUAUCAAACAAAUCGGUGAAAAUCUCAUCGUGCCUGGUGGGGUGAAAACCAUCGACGCCCAUGGGCGCAUGUUGAUGCCAGGAGGCAUUGACGUGCACACACGCUUCCAGAUGCCCGAUCGAGGCAUGACAUCUGCUGAUGAUUUCUACCAGGGCACCAGAGCGGCACUGGCGGGAGGCACCACGAUGAUCAUCGACCACGUGCUCCCCGAGCCAGGAGUCAGUCUCAUCUCGGCCUUCGAGCAGUGGCGCGAAUGGGCCGACAGCAAGUCGUGCUGCGACUACUCACUGCAUAUGGACAUCACUGAGUGGCACAGAGGCAUGCAGGAAGAGAUGGAGGCCCUUGUGAAGGAUCACGGUAUCAACUCAUUCCUGGUCUAUUUGGCUUAUAAGGAUCUUUUCCAGCUAACUGACACUCAGGUGUAUGAAGUGUUCAGUGUGAUCCGUGAUCUUGGAGCCAUUGCUCAGGUGCAUGCUGAAAACGGAGACAUUGUUGCUGAGGAACAGCGCCGGAUCCUGGAGCAGGGCAUCAAUGGUCCUGAGGGACACGUCUUGAGCCGUCCCGAGGAGGUGGAGGCGGAGGCUGUAAAUCGCUCGGUGACUGUGGCCAAUCAGACCAACUGCCCUCUGUAUGUCACCAAGGUAAUGAGCAAGAGUGCCGCUGACGUCAUCGCUCAAGCCAGGAAGAAGGGCACCGUUGUCUAUGGAGAGCCGAUCACCGCGAGCCUGGGAACAGACGGCUCACACUACUGGAGCAAGAAUUGGGCCAAGGCAGCAGCUUACGUCACCUCCCCACCGCUGAGCCCCGACCCGACCACACCAGACUAUCUCAACUCCUUGCUCUCUUGUGGUGACCUGCAGGUGACAGGAAGUGCACAUUGUCCUUUCAACACUGCCCAACGCGCCGUGGGCAAAGAUGACUUCAGCUUGAUUCCGGAAGGUGUCAACGGCACAGAGGAGAGGAUGUCGAUUAUCUGGGACAAGUGUGUGGUGACUGGCAAGAUGGAUGAAAACCAGUUUGUGGCGGUGACCAGCACCAAUGCGGCCAAGAUCUUUAACCUGUACCCCCGCAAAGGUCGUAUUUCUGUGGGCUCUGAUGCAGAUCUGGUGCUGUGGGACCCCGAUGUCACGAAGAUCAUCUCCGCCAAAAGCCACAACUCGACUGUGGAGUAUAACAUCUUUGAAGGAACCGAGGUGCGUGGAUGGCCACUGGUGGUGAUCAGCCAGGGCAAGAUCGUCUUGGAGGAAGGAAACCUCCACACCACAGAAGGUUCUGGACGCUACGUGGCCCGCAAACCUUUUCCGGACUACGUCUACAAAAGGAUAAAAGCUCGCAGCAGGCUGGCUGAGUUGAGGGGUGUACCGAGGGGACUGUACGACGGUCCGGUUUGCGAGGUGUCGGUCACCCCAAAAGCCAUGACGCCCGCUUCAUCGGCCAAGACGUCGCCUGCUAAGCAGCCCAACCAGCAACCAGUCAGGAACCUGCAUCAAUCUGGCUUCAGCCUCUCUGGCGCUCAGGUUGAUGACAACAUUCCUCGCCGCAACACCCAGCGCAUUGUGGCGCCCCCGGGUGGGAAGGCUAACAUCACCAGCCUUGGUUAGAACGUUCCAUCCAUUGCGCAGAGGGGGAGGGUAAAGGAUCUGAGGAAGGACGGCCGAUAGGUGCAGAGGGUUCCACGCCGGGAACUUCUCACGAUGACCCAUUUGGCAUUUCGCCAUCCGUGAUCUGUAACUCUGCCACCGCCUGCUUUUUACCCCCACAUUCUCACUCCCCUUCCUCCUCAAACCAGAUCCUCGAGGACACGGUUCAAAACAAACAAACAAAAAAAAAGGUCUGCCUCACAUGACGGAAAAAAAAAUAAAAACAAUUGUGCACUUUUUAUUUUGUUUAAUACUGUUUGUUCUUUUUCCAGUUCACUUGCCAUUGGGUGGGCUGAUUUAACGCAGAUUGGGUACGUUACUGCAAAAGAUCAAAUGUACUGUAUU